CUUAAUAUUGCAUUAGCUGACAAAAGUGUAAAACUUUCUAAAAAAUUGGAUGAUGCCAUAUUAAAAAAAAAAAUUUUAAUUGCAAAAAUAUCUGCAUUAAAUCAACGUUCAUGCAAUAACAUUGAAGAAACCUAUUAAAUAUCAACUAAUUUGUUUUCCCGAAUGGACCAUCAAGAUCUCGUAUACAAGAAUGAUAAGAUCUCAUUACCUAACCAGGAUAUCGAUAAUAUAUCCAAACUAUCCACUUUGAAACAAAUAAUAUCAAUAGACACAUGGGAUAAUAUUUUACAACCCUGGCAAAAAUUGAUGCUCAUGCGAUUGCUCCCGAAUUUUCCUUACAACGAUGAUAUCGAAAAACAAAAGACCCUCAGGAUGCUAUUGAAUGGCCAAAAAUUUGAUUUCGAAAAUCCAUUGGAGACAUUUCACGAUAGAUUGAUAAGAGGCUUUUUUACCGCAAAAAAUGGAAUUUCAUUGAAAUUAAGGAACGAAUUGAAUUAUAUCAAGUUCCACAAACAAUUACACGCUCAUAACUCUCGAUUGUUGAAGGAAAUUGUGACCCUUCGAAACCUUGUCUUCCAACAAGCCGAAAGGCUUAUUCCCAAAGAAAAUGACGUUUACAAUGUAUCCACCUUCAUACCGAGAUUGUGUCCUCCGUUGUCAUUCAUGCUCCCAGUAUACCAAAAUAACGACUCAAAGAAAUUCAAUACUAGUAAAGACAUCGCAACGGGCUCUAAGCUUAACCUAACGAGUAAAGAUCGUUCGAUGAAUAUGGAUCAUACCAAACGUUGGAAAAUCAUUAAAAAUCGAAUACGAGAUGAAAUCAGAGAGUCGAAUGACCAUAAAAUGUCGCAUGAAAUGGAACAUCAGGAUUCGCUGCAUGAAAUAUCUAGCACUUCAUCCGAAGAAGAAGACUACGAACUAACCUUUACAAAUACCUUUCUUUCGCAAAGCCAUCUGAAUAAGACGAAUUCAAAAACAUCAGAGCCUAACCACUUAAAAGAAAUAUAAAUAUCAUCAUUUUGCAACUCAUAACGAAGAAAAUUGUAAUCCAAAUUUUUACCUGUUUUAUAUAGUUUUUUUAUUACAAAAUUUAUUUGUAAAAUUAUCUCAGAAAUAUAUAUAAUAAUUAUAGUCA